GUGAGCCUUUAAAAAUCUCCUACAUGGGCGACUGCGUUUUUUUCUAAGGCAACAAUUUGCCAAUCACAUGCACGUUGACCUCCUCAAUUUUACGCAGUUGUAAAAAGAAGCCAUGAAGUGUUAAAUGUUUGAAAUCUACACGCGCCGACAUUCGCGUGCCGAGACGGGAACGGGAGAGACGCACGCGCUUCUCUAAUGCGUCUGUGCGAAAGACUCUGUGAACUGAGAGUGAGAGAGAGAGAGAAAACAUUAAUUUAAAAAAUAAAUCACCGUCUCAAAGUCGAAAACCUUUUUUCUUGGUUCUGAAGAAAUAAAUAAAGAAAUCAAGCUGGCUCUCACUGUUUCGAACCCGACCAGUUUGACAGCUGCUCUUCACCCCCUUUUGAGGACUGUCAACAGCAAAAGGAUGGCAUCAGAACUGGCAAUGAGCAACUCCGACCUGCCCACCAGUCCCCUGGCCAUGGAAUAUGUUAAUGACUUCGAUCUGAUGAAGUUUGAAGUGAAAAAGGAGCCGGUGGAGCCCGAUCGCAGCAUCAGCCAGUGCAGCCGCCUGAUCGCCGGGGGAUCCCUGUCUUCCACCCCGAUGAGCACGCCUUGCAGCUCAGUUCCCCCUUCCCCAAGCUUCUCUGCGACCAGUCCGGGGUCCGGGAGCGAGCAGAAGGGGCACCUCGAGGAUUUCUACUGGAUGACCGGUUAUCAACAACAGCUGAACCCGGAGGCUUUGGGUUUCAGCCCCGAGGACGCCGUGGAGGCGCUCAUCAACAGCAGUCACCAGCUUCAAACCUUCGAUGGCUAUGCUAGAGGGCAGCAAUUUACCGGCGCAGCCGGAGCAGGAGGCACCAUGGCCGGGGAGGAGAUGGGAUCAGCAGCCGCGGUGGUUUCCGCCGUUAUUGCCGCUGCCGCCGCUCAGAACGGGGGACCUCUCCACCACCACCACCAUCACCACCACCCCGCGGGACAUCAUCAAACUACCGGGAUCCAAAACAACGGCAACUCAGGAGGAAAUCAUCAACAUAUGCGGCUGGAUGACAGAUUUUCGGAUGACCAACUGGUUUCUAUGUCAGUACGAGAGCUCAAUCGGCAGCUACGGGGGGUCAGUAAGGAAGAAGUGAUCCGGCUCAAACAGAAGAGACGGACCCUAAAGAACAGAGGCUAUGCCCAGUCCUGCCGCUACAAGCGGGUCCAGCAACGGCACGUCCUAGAAGGAGAGAAGACCCAUCUCAUCCAGCAAGUGGAUCACCUCAAACAAGAAAUCUCCAGGCUGGUCCGGGAGAGGGACGCCUACAAGGAGAAAUACGAAAAGCUUAUCAGCAAUGGCUUCAGAGAAAACGGGUCCGGCAGUGACAACAACCCCUCUUCUCCGGAGUUUUUCAUGUCAUCCCGAAAAUUCCUUCACCUGUGAUAGAGAAGAAGAGGCUCCUUCUUUUGUCCCCACACAGUCAGAGAAACACAAACAUGACACUGGACUGCUGAUCUCUCACCCCCAGCCUCCGAGGCUGCCCCAAAGCACAACCUUCCCAAAGGAAAUCCCCGAAGAAGAAGAGAUUGAGAGAAGAAAACGACAACAUCUACUACAACAACAACAACGACAACAACAACGACAACAACGCUGCCCACCUUCCUCACGGUCAGCGUCAGCCUCCUCUUCCUUCUCCUUCAGCUGAUUUCUCAGCUAUCUUCCAACUAAAUGUACCAACGGUGGGAUGACGCCGACAGCUAAAACAACAAAGACUCCAAACGAAUUGGUCAAGCAUUUCUUCAGGGGGAAAACUCUCUCAGCAUGUUUGAUGGAAA